UUGAAGAGAGUGCGGGAGGCGGCGGCCGCUCCCCGGGCCGCUGUCAUGGAGCUAGCGCAGGCCGCGCGGGAGCUGGGCUGCUGGGCGGCCGACGAGAUGGGGGUGCCCGCGGCAGCCCGGGCCCCGGAGUCGACGCUGCGCAGGCUGUGUCUGGGCCAGGGGGCUGAGAUCUGGGCCUACAUCUUGCGACAUGUGCACAGUCAGAGGAGUGUUAAGAAGAUCCGAGGGAACCUGCUCUGGUACGGCCACCAGGACAGUCCAGAGGUCCGUCGGAAGUCAGAGCUGGAGGCCACGGUGGCCCGCCUGCGGGCAGAGAUCCAAGAGUUGGACCAGAGCCUGGAGCUGAUGGAGCGGGAGAAUGAGGCUCACGACGCAGCCGUGGAGCAGGCUGUGCAGAACGUGCGGGACACCCAGCGUCGCGCCGUCCUCCUCCGGGCCCAAGCAGGGGCCAUGAGAAGACAGCAGCGUGGGCUCCAGGACCCCAUGCAGCGGCUGCAGAAUCAGCUCAGCCGCCUGCAGGACAUAGAGAGGAAGGCCAAGGUGGAUGUGAGCUUUGGACCCCUGACAUCAGCAUCCCUGGGCCUGGAGCCUGUGGUCCUGCGUGACGUCCGAACAGUCUGCACCCUCCGGGCCCACUUCUUGCAGAACCUCUUGAUUCCACAGGCCAGGGAAGGCAACACCCCAACCGCUCACGAUGACCACUUUGGAACUUCCUACCAGCAGUGGCUUAGCUCGGUGGAGACACUGCUGACGAACCACCCCCCAGGCCACGUCCUGGCUGCCUUGGAGCACCUGGCCGCAGAGCGGGAGUCAGAGAUUCGGUCCCUGUGCGGCGGGCAGGGGCUCGGAGAUGUGGAGGUUCCCAGGCCUCAGACCCUGGACCAGUCAGACGCCAGCCAGGCCCUGCCGUCCAUGGUGCAGCUCAUCCAGGAGGGCUGGCGGACUGUGGGCUCACUGGUCUCCCAGCGGGGCACCCUGCUCAAGGAGCGUCAAGUCCUGAGAAGGUGCCUCCAGAGCCUGGUGGAGGAGGUGGAGAGACACACCCUGGGAUCCAGCGAGAGGCAGGCACUGAUGCUGGGGCUGCGGAGCUGUGGCCUGUGGGCAGAGCUCAAGGCCCUGCGUGCCCAGAGCCAGGAGCUGGAGGAGGCAGCUGGGCGGCAGCAGCUUCUGCUGAGAGAGCUGCAGGCCAAACAGCAGCGGAUCCUGCGCUGGCGCCGGCUGGUGGAGGAGACACAGGAGCAGAUCCGCCUGCUCAUCAAGGGGAACUCAGCCAGCAAGACCCGCCUGUGCCGGAGCCCUGGGGAGGUGCUGGCCCUGGUGCAGCAGAAGCUGGUCCCCACGGCUGAGGCCGUGGCACCGCAGACUCGGGAGCUGCUCCGCUGUCUGGAGGAGGAAGGCUGUCGCCUGCCCCACCUUCCACUGAGCACCCUGCUGCGGCCCAGCCCCGGAGGGUUGGAACCCCUGCCCACGAUCCUGCCAUCCAUCUACCAGCUGCACCCCGCAUCCCCGCAAGGCUCCAGCCUCACAGCGCUGGGCCGCACACUGGGCCUUCCCCGGGGGAAGGCAGCAGAGCUGCUCCUGCCGAGGGCUGCCUCUCUUCGCCAGGACCUUCUGUUCCUCCAGGACCAGCGGAGCCUCCGGUGCUGGAAGACCGGGCUGCCGCCGGGACCAUCCACCCAGGAGCUGCUGCAGCUCCAGGCAUCGCAGGAGAAGGAGCAGAAGGAAACUCUGGGGCAGGCUCUGAAGAGGCUGGAGAAGCUGCUGAAACAGGGGCUGGAGCGAAUCCCUGAGCUGCAGGGCGCCGUGGGGGACUGGUGGGAGCAGCCGGGCCAAGCUGCCCUCUCCGAGGAGCUCUGCCAAGGCCUGUCCCUGCCCCAGUGGCGGCUACGCUGGGUCCAGGCCCAGGGGGCCCUACAGCAGCUGUGCAGGUGAAGAGAGGCUCGAACAGGAGUUAGACUCCGAGAAACACUUGGAAGAAAGCGUCUCCACGACCCAGCAGCCCCUUGUCUCUGGCCACACUGCAGCCCCGCUCACGUGCUGUUCUGCUGCUCCUCUCUAGUCCCUUGCCCCGUCCCUUCAUCCCACCACUCUGGGCACCCCUGAAGCUCCUCUUGUCACUCUAACUCUCAAAAAAAGUAAGUGAGCACCUGCUCCAGAUGCCGGGGCUACAGUGCUGAAAGAAAAAGAACACAACAUGCAAGUCCCUGCCUUCGGGGAGUGCUGUUCCAGGACAGUGCGUUUGACGGUCGGCAGAAAGGUGAAACACACGGUGUGUUGGGCGAUAACCGCCAUAGAGAAACAAAGCGGGCUGGGAGUGAGAACGACCCUGCAAAGGCCCCGUUCCACGUGAGUGUCCAAGGAAGGGCUGUGGGUGGCAGCUGUGGCACAAGCAAAGGCCCCGAGUGGGGAUGGGCUGCUGCCGGGGCCGUCAAGGAGGCCGAGGCGCGUGUGGCUGGAGGAGAGAGGCGGGAUUGUGCUCUAGUUUUUAUAGUUGCUGUUUUUACAUUUAAAUCUGGGCCACGUGGAACUUACCAGCAAGCAGAACCAAUUGUAUUGUAUUUUAUAUGUAAGUGUGGAUCCCUGUAGCCCUUCCGAAAAGUCCCAGUCGCCUGUGAGGGAAGGGUGGGCAGCAGAGAUCAGUGAGGAGAAAGGAGACUUUCCCGGGUGAUAGGGUGGAGUGUGCGGGACACAGAUGGCUGCACCCUGCAGGCCUGUGAGUCUCGCUGUAGAACUCCUCCCACUGGUUGAGAUGCGCUAAUAAGUUCCAUGGUUAAUUGGGCGGUCUGUGUGUAUCUUACUCUCCAUGUGGCAUUGCCACAGUGCUUUCAUUAUGAAGGCUUUGUGAUAUCUUGUAGUAUCUCAAACGGCUGGUUGCCCUCUUGCUCUUACUUUCCAAAGUUUCCUCGUUUCCUUGCUAAUUUUUCCUCCCAAAUGAAGGGAAAUUUGUAUUUAACCUUCCUAGCUGCAGAUAGAAAAACAAAUGGAUGGCCAUUUGCCGUCUCUGCCGUCUUGAACCUUGUUGUCCACCUCCCUAACAGCUCCUCUAAGGAGCUGAACCCCUCACGCCCAGCUUGCCUUCCAGCCCUGGUUGCCUCAUCCCGGCCUUUACACAUCCAGUGUCCCCCACACAAUCCCUAGUAGUCCCCCUUCCCUCUCCUCACUACCGUUCCCAGCCCCCACUGCCCUACUAAGCUCCAAAUGUAGGGGACCUUAGCCUCUUACUUAAUUUUUCCCAUAGCACACCUUCUAACAUGAAUUGUUUUUACUUUAAUUACAUAUAUCUUGUAUUUUUUCCCUUAAAUAGAAUGUGCACUCCAUGAAGGGGAAUCCCUUUAUAAACUAGAAGUUGGGCAGAACUUUCUAAAUACGGUUGAAAGUCUAGGUGCAGUAAGGGGGACUGUUGAUCAGCUCGGGGCAGCAGUUAAGAUGCUGCUUGGGACCCCCACAUCCCACAUCAGAGUGCCUGGGGGAGACAGCCGUGACCGCUCACGUAUUUGGAUCUGUGACAUCCCACAUCGGAGUGCCUGGGGGAGACAGCCGUGACCGCUCACGUAUUUGGAUCUGUGACAUCCCACAUCGGAGUGCCUGGGGGAGACAGCCGUGACCGCUCACGUAUUUGGUCUGUGACAUCCCACAUCGGAGUGCCUGGGGGAGACAGCCGUGACCGCUCACGUAUUUGGAUCUGUGACAUCCCACAUCAGAGUGCCUGGGGGAGACAGCCGUGACCGCUCACGUAUUUGGAUCUGUGACAUCCCACAUCAGAGUGCCUGGGGGAGACAGCCGUGACCGCUCACGUAUUUGGUCUGUGACAUCCAUGUAAGAGACCAGAUUGAAUUCCUGGCUCCUGGCUUAAUCUUGACCCAGUCCUGGUUGUUAAGGGCAUUUGGAAAGUAAACCAGCAGAUGGAAGGUCUCUCUCUACAUUUCAAAUAAAUAAAAAUGUAUUGAUGAAUUUGAUGAC